AUGGUAGAGUUUCUCGAACGGGAGGUCUUUCUCAAGUUUUCUCGUCCCCGGAUCAUACUUUCGGAUAAUGGAAAGCAGUUCACUUCACUCGUCUUUCAAGCGCUCCUGGCCAAGCACAAGAUCAUCCACAUGAAAACGGCAUUUUAUUGUCCAAUGGUAAACAACGCUGAGCGCGUGAAUCGUGUGUUGGUGACUUGUAUUCGCGCUUUGUUGGACGAGGAUCACAUAAGCUGGGAUGAGAAUCUACAAGCCAUUGUAGCAGCGAUCAACAGCGCGAAGCAUGAGGUGACUGGUGUGAGUCCGCACUAUGCCAACUUUGGGCGUGAUCUACUGUUGCAUACGGACCUGUACACCCAGCAAGAUCUCAAUACCGCGGAUGACCCUAAGGUUGCACAGGACAUGCGGCUGUCGGCGAUUCGCCGUAUACAGGAGUUCAUCAACAAGCGGAUCAAGAAGAACCAUGAGAAGAAGCAGCAGAAGUACAAUUUGCGGACGAGAACGGUAGCGUUCAAGGUCGGUGAUCUGGUGUGGCGUAGGACGUUCAACCUGUCAUCGAAAGCCGACAAGUUCAACCAAAAGUUAAGUCCGAAGUUUGUACCAGCAGUCGUACGGGAAGUUCUUGGAACCAACCUGUAUACGCUCGAGGAUGUGACCAGUGGAAAGCGCGGCAGGUAUCAUGCCAAGGAUAUCAAGGAGGAUUGA